CGGAAAAGCAUAUAUUCUGAUGAGCGCUUUAAACGCCCAUAUAAAAAAGUGCUCCCUCAAACAUUUGAAACAUUUUCAUUUUGGCAGCAUUGUGCUGUUUUAUAAGUUUUUUUAAAGAAUAGUUUACAAAUUAAAUACCAAGGUAUUUCCAAUAAAAUUUUAGACGUCAUUUUGCGGCACUCUGACCAAACUUGCCAUUAGCAGAUUAUUCAAAUUUAUUUGUCUCCGAUAACAGCUGCAACAAAGGCGAGGGAAUAGUCGGAACAGGUAUUUAGCAGCAUGAUUGGUGUUCACAAUCGAUUUUAAGCACUUAUUGUCUGCUAGCCAAAUCAACAGCUCCUGUAUACCGCUCAUUAAAACAACAAUAUUCAGCUAUUGGGCGCUUUUUGCUGAAUAACGUUGUCACAAAUAGAUACUUUUUGCAAAGCAGUGCUGAUUGUGUCAAAGCUUUGCUCGAAAGGCGGAAACUCCACUUGAUCUUAAUCAAAAGUGGACACAAAGAGAAAUCGUCUGCGCGUUUACACAACCAAUAUUCCUGACAUGUCGAAUGUUCGGCGUACUUAUAAACUUUUUGUAGGCAAUUUACCAUGGACCGUUGGAAAGAAAGAGCUGGAAUUAUAUUUUUCUAAAUUCGGUCAUGUAUCCUCAGCCGCCAUAGUAUAUGACAAUCAACAAGCGAUAUCGAAGGGAUAUGGUUUUGUGACAUUUAGCAGUAGCGAUAGCUACAAUAGUGCUUGCAACCAAAAUUUGCAUUAUCUUGAGGGACGCGCUUUAAGCGUCAAAGAAGCUAACAACCAAUAACUUUAUUAUUGAUCACAAAAAUAAAAACAGAAAAUAGUUCUAUUUAAA